GCUGGUUUCACGCCUGACGUUUGCGGUGUGUUGUCAGCAGCUUUGUAAGGCACCGAGGCGGCUGGCUUGUGGUGCGCGUUCGCUUCUUUUCAAACUGGAAAUUAUCUAGCACAAAUAAUAUAAAACACAGAUACUUGGAAUUCUGUUGUACUUAUUUUUGUGGCAAUAUGGCCGACCCGAAGUACGCCACCCUGCCGGGCAUCGCCUCGAACGAGCCGGAUGUGUAUGAGACCAGCGACCUGCCCGAGGACGACCAGGCGCAGUUUGAGUCGGAAGAGUUGUGCAGUGACAGUGUGGAGAGGAUUGUUGUCAAUCCCAACGCUGCCUACGACAAGUUCAAAGACAAGCGUGUCAGUACUAAGGGCCUUGAUUUCUCCGACCGCAUUAGCCAGAAUCGCAGAGUCGGCUAUGAGUCUGGAGACUAUGAGCUUCUGGGUGAAGGAUGUGGGGUUAAGGAGACUCCGCAGCAAAAGUACCAGCGGCUUGUUAAUGAGAUUCAGGAGCUCACAGAGGAAGUGGAACAAAUUCAGACCAGUACUAAAGAGAGCAGUGCAGAAGAGCGCCUAACACCAGUGGUUCUGGCACAGCAGGCAGCCCAGCUCAAACAGCAGCUGGUGUCGGCCCAUCUGGACUCAUUGUUGGGCCCAAAUGCUCACAUCAACUUGGCCGACCCAGACGGAGCCCUUGCCAAGCGGUUGAUGACUCAGCUGGAGGUGGCACGGGGUAUUCGCAGCAGUACCGGGGGAGAGGGGAAAUCAGCAGCACCCAAAGGCCCAGAUGGAGUUGUGAUGUAUGAACUCCACAGCCGACCUGAACACGAGAAGUUCACAGAGUCUGCCAAGAUAGCAGAAUUGGAGAGGAGGUUGGCAGACCUGGAGACUGCAGUAGGUCCUGGAUUAGAUAAGCCGGGUCCUCUCAGUGCUGGACUCCAGGGAGCCAGUCUAAUGGAUACUAUGGAGCUGCUGCAGGCUCGAGUUAGUGCUCUGGAUGCUGCCACUCUGGACCAGGUUGAAGCCAGACUGCAGAGUGUUUUGGGGAAGAUGAAUGAAAUAGCAAAACACAAGGCAGCAAUUGAAGAUGCUGAAACACAAAACAAGGUGGCACAGCUGUAUGAUAUGGUGCAGAAGUGGGAUGCCAUGGCAACCUCUCUCCCUCAGGUGGUCCAGAGACUGAUCGCUGUUAAAGAGCUACAUGAGCAAGCCAUGCAAUUUGGGCAGCUGCUGGCCCAUCUGGACACCACACAACAAAUGAUCAACAACUCACUGAAGGACAACAGGACACUGCUCACACAGGUGCAGCAGACAAUGAAAGAGAAUUUGGUUUCUGUAGAAGAGAACUUUGCUGCAUUGGACCAGAGGAUGAAGAAAAUCUCCAAAUAAGAUUUUUGUUCUCAAAUGAGCAAUCGAGCGAGGGAGAUUGAGGGAUGUGGAAAAGGAUCAUUUCAUACAUUUUAAAUCCGUGCUUUGCUCCUUCCUUUAAACUUUUUCCUUACCGGAGAACGUCGGAAAUAAAGUUUAAAACAAAGUUGUAGUUGAAGGUUAUGACCAAAUGCCAUUUUACACUACAAAAAUCUAGUGACCUUUACCCCUCUACUCUUCCUGUCUCUAGAGAUAGAUAUGUAUCUCAGUCACUUGGCUAUAUUCCACACCCAACUGCUAAUGAGGUUUCUUUAAAAAAAAAAAAAAAAAAAAAAAAUAUUCCAGCUUGAUGAUUUUCCUACCAUCUUAACAUUUUAGCUUGAAAGACUGAAACUAAGUGUCGUGUGGUAAUCUAGUCACUGGGUAAGAAGUGUCCACUUGUCUAAACAUAAAUUCACUUUUCAGUGACCACUCCAUGAAUUAAAUGUACACGAGAGCCACUGCCUCUUGGCCAACGUUUAUGAGAGGAUGUUUGCUCAUUGAGUCAGAAAUCAUACUGUAUUUAUACAUCUGAGAGUAUCUUUAACUAAUCACUCUCAGUUGCUUGUAACUGUUAUUGUAUUAUGACCAAGAUGAACUGGCACAGGUUACUCUGCUUUUGUCAUAUGCAUAAACUUUAAAAUAUUGUCUUUCUCCAACUGUGAGAAUAAAUUGAACAUGCUUUGA